AUGGCGAGACUCACUGACGAUGCCGACUACGAUGCUGAAGAAACGUCUGGGAAUGUACCACGUCCACCUUCCUACUCUGGAAAUGAUGAUGCAUACAAUGGACUCCGGACAAGGUGCGUUCCCCUAAGUCUCCCUACCAAAAUGACCGAGUUGCGAAAACAAGGUCAAACAACUUCAAUACCGUUAUAA